AUCAGUGCGCACCACACCCCUCUUUGGGCUUAUAAAGGCAGACGGAUCACGGUAUCAAACCCUCUCCAAAUCUAGAGGAAGCUUGUGUUUGAGAAGGAGUGUCUCAAGUACAACUGCAGUCACCAAUGAUCAUGGCACCUGCUGGAGCUAAGCGGGUAAGUGGAGACUUAAUAUUAAUAUGACCAUCAUUAUGGCUGUAAAUGCAUGCAUGCCUAUUGCGUAAUGCAAUUAGCCUUUUGCAGAACUAUUGCAUAUGUGCUACUGUAUGUAUUGCUUUGGUGUUAAGUGUACGUUAUUAUAACGAUCAAAAUGCUUAUUUUAGUUCCAACUUCAUCUGAACCCCUUGGUCUUGUUUGGCGCAAUAUAUUCAGUAUGUUUUUUAUCAUUGUGCAUGCUUCGUUGACUUUGGUUGAAAUAGAAUGGCCUGACUUCUACUACAACUCUAUUCUAUAACUUUUCCUUUGUUCAGCGUUUCCUAAACUCGGUCCUCGGGACCCCAAGGGGUGCAUUGUUAACCAAUUGGUGUCCCCGGGACCGAGUUUGGGAAACAAUGCAUUCGUUUACCGGUUGCGUAUUUCAUUCAGGGUACUUUUGCAUUUAUUGCGCGUGCAUAUUUCAUACUUGUAGAAUGGAGAGCUAAUUACGGAAUGUUUGUGCAGAACAUUUUGGAGCGCCUGGAUGCAGGAGAGAUUGUCAUCGGGGAUGGAGGUUUCGUCUUCGCCCUGGAGAAGAGGGGCUAUGUGAAGGCGGGUCCCUGGACUCCUGAAGCUGCCGUCGAGCAUCCCGAGGCUGGUAAACGCUAUCUAAGCUUUUGGCUCCCUGGACCCUGCGCAUCAGUCAUAGGCUAGCCUACAUAACAGUUAGUGAAGCCUCUCGCCUCUCCAACUUGUCCACCAGACGCACAUGUUUUAACCAGAUGAAGUUGAGAGAGCGUUAAGUCGCGAAGUUGUAAAUACUUAGCAAAAAGCCAUAUGAGUGACAAUUACUAUUCUCGUUUCCAGUGCGACAGCUGCACCGCGAAUUCCUGCGGGCGGGGUCAAAUGUCAUGCAGACUUUCACCUUCUACGCCAGCGACGAUAAACUGGAGAACAGGGGUAACGCUCAGCGCUUCACAGUGAGUAUCCUCUGCAGCCGUUGGGAAAACUCACCAAGAGGAAUGAAUGAGAAUGCCAGACCCAUACCAAUAUUCUACUGUUACAGUUUGGCCAUGCAUUUCUACGCAAGAUUGUUCAAUGACUGAAUGGGAUAAGAGGUUAUAUAAAUAAUUGUUCAAUUUACCUGUAAAUCAGGUUUCCUAUACAUCUCUCGAAUCCUGUUCUUCUGUUCAGCACUGAUUUAUUUCCCAACUUGGUGUUUAGCCUACUUGGCAGGUUUCACAAUGAUGAUAUAGAAGACAUUGGGUGCUUUCCUUUGCCCAGGCGUUGCUGAUGCCUGCCAGAUCUCACAACGCCUGGUUAGGUAUUUUAUGUAUCAGCUAAUCACAUCGUACGUUAUAGCAAUCUAUCAGUCGAUGACAGUCGAUCACGUGACACGGAAACAUUGAUUGAUGCAUGCAACGUCUGAGCAACCAUUGUAGGCUACCUCAAACUACAUCAAUAGGGUUGUACACUAAUCAAUGGCUGCUUUGAUUUACACCAGGGCGCACAAAUCAACGAGGCCGCCUGUGACCUGGCCAGGGAGGUGGCCAAUGAGGGUGAUGCGAUGGUUGCGGGCGGGGUCUCCCAGACCCCUUCUUACUUGAGCUGCAAGAGCGAGGACGAGGUCAAGGGCAUCUUCAAGAGGCAGCUCGAUGUCUUCGUCAAGAAGAACGUGGAUUUCAUGAUUGCAGAGGUAGGAAUGGCAUGUUGUACACUCAUAUAGUAGAUCCUCUUCUUGCACACAUGCCAUACUGAAACUGAGAAUCUGAUUUUCAUCAUUUUGACCUGACCGAUUCUAUGUGCAAUGGAUCCUCACUUGGACAAUGCUAGUUUCUGUCUUGUUUGGGUCGUCACUUUUGUACCCUGUGUGUUUCUGUGUGUUUGCGCAGUACUUUGAGCAUGUGGAGGAGGCAGAGUGGGCCGUACAGGUGCUGAAGACCUCAGGCAAGCCAGUGUGUGCCUCUCUGUGUAUCGGCCCUGACGGAGACCUCAACGGAGUCAGCCCUGGGGACUGUGCCGUCAGGCUGGUCAAAGCUGGUAUGGGACUUAAUUUAGCCAUUAUACACACAUGCGCACACACACACAGUCUUGUACAGCUAACCUUGUGGGGACACACAAUUCAGUCCCAUUCAAAAUCCUAUUUUCCCUACCCUGUACUCUAACCUUAACCUUAACCCUAACCCAAAAACCUAACCUUAACCCUAGCUCCUAACCCUAAACCUAAUUCUAACACUAACAACCCUAAACCCCCUAGAAAUAGCAUUUGACCUUGUGGGGACCAACAAAAAGCUCUCUAACUGUCAGCUCUCUCUCUCUCUGCCAAUAGGAGCCAAUAUUGUGGGCAUCAACUGCCACUUUGACCCCAUGACCUGUGUGAAGACGGUGAAAAUGAUGAAGGAGGGUGUGGAGAGGGCGGGGCUGAAGGCCCACUACAUGGUCCAGCCUUUGGCCUACCACACCCCUGACUGCAACUGCCAGGGAUUCAUCGACCUGCCAGAGUUCCCCUUCGGUACGUACACACAUCGCCAUAGCUCUCUCCUGCCCACUAGGUCGUCUUUUCUGUUUCUGUUUCUCUCUUUCCUCCUUUCUUCCUUCCUUUCUCUCCUCCCUCUUUCUCUUAACUUCUCUUUUGUCUCACAACUCCCUCUCUCUGACUACAUUUCUCUCUCUCCCCCAGGUCUGGAGCCCAGGAUUCUGACCAGGUGGGACAUGCACAAGUACGCCAGGGAGGCCUUCAACGUUGGCAUCCGUUUCAUCGGCGGCUGCUGCGGCUUCGAGCCCUACCACAUCAGGGCUGUGGCUGAGGAGCUGGCCACAGAGAGAGGCUACCUGCCCGCUGCCUCUGAGAAGCAUGGCAACUGGGGUGCUGGCCUGGAGAUGCACACCAAGCCAUGGGUCCGUGCCAGGUAAGGAGACCUUAUACACUACAUGGGUACAAAUUAGUUAGAUACCAGGAACCACAAAGGUGAGUCCCUAUAUGACUCCAGUCCAAAAUCACAAAAGUUCAAUUAUUUAACUUAAAUUGUUACUGUAAGACACGAGGUUACACAUAGCACUGUACCAUUUUAUUACUGCCACAUUUGGAGUAUACAUUUGACCUCUUACAUUUUCAAUCCUCCACCUCUCCCUUCCCCUCCUCCAUCCCUCUCUCCCCCAGGGCUCGCCGUGACUACUGGGAGAAGUUGAAGCCAGCAUCCGGCCGUCCCAAGUGUCCCUCCAUGUCCACCCCUGACAGCUGGGGUGUCACUAAGGGCCAUGCUGACCUGAUGCAGCACAAGGAGGCCACCAGCCAGGAAGAGCUCAAGCCCCUGUUUGAGAAGGCCAAGGCCAGCAACUGAGCACUCCUCCUUGGCUAGGAGAGGGAGGUGGAGCCCCCUGGAGGAAAACCAAAGGAGAGGUGUGUACUCCGAAGGAGUCGUGGUUUGUUGUGAUAAAGGCAGAGGGGAGAACUCACACACAUUCCCUUUUUAAAGAAGUUUACAUAACACAAAUUAUUAGAUGGAAGUCUUAUUGUUCUGUUUUGAUUUCUAGGACCAUUUUUUGUGAACCAAAAGUUUUCUUCUUAUGAUUUCAUUCAGAUUUGCAGCAUCUCUAGAUGGUACAGCUCCAUCGUAUUCUCUUCUGUAAUAAUUCUGAAGUGAUAUGGUAUAGAUGCAUCUCAUUUCUAAAUAACUGGAUUUCAAACUUGAUAUGUGCCUUACUUAGACAGAAUGUUACAGCAAUCAUCAAGCCAUUGAUACGUACUGUGAGUUAAACAAACAAACCAAAAAGUUGCCCCCAGUGGUGCGUCCACACAUACCUCCAGAGUGUUCUGCUGAUCUCGUGACUAUCGAAACACAUAAGCUUAUAAAUAAAAGUGAGAGCGUGUUACCGAAACUACUGUGACCACAAUGUUAAAUAGCUGGUAAAGAAUUUAGCAUAGCCUAGUUCUGAAUACAUCUAGUGCCAAAUAAUAAAUUACCAAAUUAAAGUUGACUUCAUAUCUGUAGUUUCAUUCAAUAAACUUCCACUUGACCUUGUA